AAAUAACAACUAAUAUGAAGGAUCUUAUGUAUCACAAUGUCAAUUUUCCCCCUGAAUUAAAAAACUUUAACACACUAGUCGAAAAAAACUAAAAAAAAAAAAACAUUUCAAAUGUCCACAAUGAGUGUUCUAUAGAUCUUUUAUAAGCAAAAUUAUUAUCAAAGUAUUAAUACAAUUCUAUCGUUAUAUUUUUUUUAUAGGUACUUACAAAGCAAAAUUGUGUUUAACGUAUUUUUUUAUAAUUGUUGUUACUGGAAUUAGGCAGUUAUUAUGGGCUAAUAACGUUAUUCCUUCUUUAUCGGUUGUUAAUACAUGUAUCAUAAUAUUCAUAUACCUAUAUGGGCUAUACGGCUGUAUAUAGGUAGGUAGUAAAUAUACAAACGCCAAUACAUGAACUAAUGGUUGAGCCGAGCCAAGCACAAUAAAUCUAUUCCAUUUUAAUCGACUGUGUUGCAAUCAAUCUUGGUUCUAUACAUAAUUAUUCAGAUGUUUAAACAUUUAUAGUGCGUAUUUAUAAAAUAGCUUCACCUAAAUUUGCCUUAGUUGCCAAAGUCCGCGGGAACAAUAUUUUGAUCAAUGCUAGAUACAAUCAACCACUUUGUAAAACCAAGAAUGUUCGUGCUAUGGAUGGUAUUAUUCACAUUAAUAAUAUGGACUUACUCGUAUUAUUCGUUGACUGCAUUUGAAGUGGUUUUUAGUGAACCACGUUCACUCUUCUUAGACCAUGAUAAUUCUGGAUAUUUAAUUAAUACAUCAGGAUGUCGAAUUCCAGAAAUGUAUUUGAAUGGACCUGAAAUAGAAAAAUGUUUUAAACCAAACCUAGAACUAAAUUGCAAAACGAAAUGGGAUUAUAAUUUACCAUUAAUUACCUCAGAUUUAACAUCUCUAAUACUGAAUAUGAGUGCGUGGGCUACUUUAAAUAUCAGUGAGGGAGACCCAAGUUUCGAAUGUUAUUACAUUCCAGUAGAAAGACCAGAAUUUGACGACGACCAAGAUCCAAAAUCAUUCAGUGAUAAUGAUGUGAAACUUGGCGAAAAAGUAUAUUUCGUACACAAUACAACAGUUUCAAACGAAAUGGUUGAAGUAGUAUGCACAUUACAUUCAAAUAUAAUUUACAAAUAUUAUCAUAUAUUUAUACGACCAUCUUCAUCAAUAAGAAAACGAAAAGAUGGAGAAGUAAGUAUAUUACUUUUGGGUUUGGAUGCGGUAUCUCGUAUGAACUUUCAUCGUCAAAUGCCAAAAACCAGUGCGUUCUUAUCUGAACUUGGCACUGUGGAAAUGAUAGGUUAUAAUAAAGUUGAGGACAACACGUUUCCAAAUGUAAUCCCCACACUAACCGGAAUGUCAAUAGAAGAGUUGAAAAUAAAUUGUUGGCCUGAAAACGACAACUUUUUUGAUAAAUGUCAUUUUGUAUGGGAUGAUUAUAAAGAUGCAAAUUUUAGCACAGCUUUUGCAGAAGAUAGUAUUUUAAUUGGAAUGUUUAAUUAUUUAAAAUCUGGAUUUUUAAAACAACCCACUGAUUUCUAUUUAAGACCAAUUAUGAACCGUGCUGAAAAUGUUAUUGGGCAUGAAUCUAUUGGAAACACAAUAGGUUGUCUAGGCCCCAGGUUGGGUAUGACUUUGUUGCUUGAUUAUGCUUUAAAAAUGGCAUUAUCUAUGACUAAUCACUUAUACAUGAAUGUAUUUUGGACGACGAGUCUAACGCAUGAUUACGUAGAGUAUCCAAAAUUUGGUGACGAUGAUUUAACAGACUUUUUUGAUGCGUUUAACAAGUCUGGCGAGCUCAACAAAACGAUUGUCAUACUAAUGAGUGAUCAUGGAAUCAGGUGGGGAUGCUUUAGAGACACAUAUCAGGGUAGUCUGGAAGAUAAACUACCCAUGUUGAAUUUCGUCAUACCACAAUGGUUUCAAAAUAUGUAUCCUAGCGCAAUGGAAAAUUUGAAUAAAAACACUAAUCGGCUUACAACGCCGUAUGAUUUACACGAGACACUAUUAGACUUCAUCGAUACGAAAAGUCUCGAUGACGAUUCUAUUGCGAGACGAACGAAAAUGAAUAAAAUUAAAAGAGGUACAAGUUUGUUUUUAGAAAUUCCAGAAAAUAAAAAUUGUGAAACAGCGGGAAUACCUAAAAACUAUUGCGCCUGCCACGAGGAGAGGCAGGAAUUAGCUGUAGAUGACGCAAACGUCGUUGAAGCGGCCAGAGCCUUAAUGAAAUAUGUUAAUUUCAAGUUGUCGAAGUAUAAUACACUUUGCGCAUUUCUAACGCUACAUGAGAUCCAUAAAGCGUCAGUUGAAAUGAGAAAAGACAAUUAUUCGGUGAAAGAUUACGAGAUACAAGUAACUACGGUUCCAGGGUUUGCGAAAUUCGAAGCAACAUUAAGACAUAAUAACGAAAACUUUAAAAUGGUGGGUUCAGUUAGUAGAUUAAAUUUAUAUGGCAAUCAAAGUAUUUGUAUGAACGAAGCUAAAAUGAAGUUAUUGUGUUAUUGUAUACAUGAAAAUUAAACUCAAUCACAUACUCGUAAUGUCCCAAACUCAUAUCAUUAUGCCAAUGUAUAUUAUGAUCUAAAUACCAGUACUCGGUAGGUAGAAUAUACCUUAUACCAAUGUAAUAAUUAGACUUAAGAAGCCAUUCUGGUAAUGAAAUUCGGACGUAAGAAUAUGCUUUUGUACUUCACAUUUUCCUCAUCCCUCAAUAGUCGUAGAAACAUGAUUUUUGCCAAAAUAAAUGUGACAACUUCUUCUAGAUAGAACUACGACCCAUAUUUUUUUCAAACUGAUUUUAUUUGCAUUUCAAAUUUUCCAAAUUUCCAAAUUGUUUAAAAAUCGCAUACAAUAGACAAUAGAGGUCUGAAAGAAUAUCUUUAAGAUAAUCUGAAAUGCAGUUAUCUAGAAGAACUUCUCAAAUAUAUUUUGUUAAAAAAAAAA